CACUCCCUUGCUCUUCAGUAUUUCCCUUCAAACCCAUCCACGUCCUCCUCAUUCCUCAGCUUGUUCCUUCUCUUCCAAACCAUGGAGGACGUAUGCCUCAGCCUCGAUUCCACGUUGCACUCGACGGCCUCCGACUCCCCCCAUGAGUCCACCUCCCCUUCCUCCUCCUUCUACCACUCAUCUCCUCCUCCCUCCAUCAAAUCUGCAAUUCCGGCUUAUCGACUCACGAUAACAAAUCUCUCUUAUUCCAUUCACCCCAAAAGCAAUCUAGUGACCUCAUGCCUUUACCCCAAGUGCAAGCCUAAGGCGGUCGAGUUGCUCAAGUCGGUCUCAUUCACAGCAAAUAGCUCGGAGAUCCUUGCCAUCGUCGGCCCGAGCGGGGCUGGGAAAUCUACACUGCUUCACAUCAUCUCGGGCCGGGUCGAGAGCUCAAACUUCGAUCCAAAAAGCAUCUCUCUCAAUGAGAGAUUCAUUACAAGUCCCAACCAGCUCCGCAAGAUUUGCGGGUUUGUCACUCAGGAAGACAAUCUACUUCCUCUCCUCACUGUGAAGGAAACACUCAUGUUCAGUGCCAAGUUCCGGCUGAAAGGUAUGGGCGCAAGAGGGAAGGAAGAGAGGGUGAAGAACCUGAUGCAAGAAUUGGGACUUGAACACAUUGCUGAUAGCUAUGUAGGAGAUGAGGAGACGAGAGGGAUAUCCGGAGGAGAACGGAAACGAGUGUCGAUAGCCAUCGAUGCGAUCCAUGAUCCACCAAUUCUUCUCCUUGACGAGCCCACAUCGGGCCUUGACAGCAGAUCGGCAUUGCAAGUUAUUGAACUCCUUGCAUCCAUGGCUAAAACAAGGAAACAGACCUUAAUUCUAUCCAUUCACCAGCCUAGUUAUCGGAUUCUUCAGUAUGUGUCAUCUUUCUUGCUCCUAUCUCAUGGUUCAGUGGCUCAUUUUGGUAGCCUCAAAUCUCUUGAGGAAACCAUAUCACGGUUGGGACUGAAAAUUCCAAUCCAACUAAAUCCUUUAGAAUUCGCCUUGGAGAUUAUGCGACAAUUAGAGGAUUAUAGAAACAAGAGCGCUUUGUUCAUCGAGCACACCGACUCGCAGCGGGGACAAUGUUGCAUGGAAGAACUCAAAUGUGACGGCAACGUAGAAUCUAGCUACGGUUCAAGAUUAGAGGAGAUAAUCUUGCUCUCUUGGAGGUUUUGGAAGAUAAUCUAUAGAACAAAGCAGCUUUUUGCUGCAAGGACAAUGCAAGCCAUUGUUGGUGGGCUAGGACUAGGAAGUGUCUACUUUCAUGUGAAGAUGGAUAAGGAUGGUGUCGCCGAGAGACUUGGCCUCUUCGCGUUCAGCCUUAGCUUUCUCCUUUCUUCGACCGUCGAAGCACUCCCAAUCUUCCUGCAGGAGCGGCGUGUUCUCAUGAGGGAGACUUCGAGGAGGAUGUAUCGGCUUUCUUCUUACAUGUUAGCUAACACUGUGAUCUUCAUCCCAUUCUUGCUUGUGGUGGCUCUACUAUUUGUGAUACCGGUGUACUGGCUAGUAGGACUUAACCCCUCCUUCAGCGCCUUCAUGUUCUUUGUUUUGGUGGUGUGGAUGAUUGUGUUGAUGGCUAGCUCCCUGGUUCUCUUCCUUAGUGCAAUCUCAUCAGACUUCAUACUGGGGAAUUCUCUUAUAUGCAUAUUUUUGGGGAUUUUCUUCCUUUUCUCAGGUUACUUCAUUCCAAAAGAGAGCAUCCCAAAAUAUUGGAUCUUCAUGUACUAUGUCUCCCUUUAUAGGUACCCCCUGGAUGCUCUGCUCAUCAAUGAGUACUGGAGCAGGAGAGGGGAAUGCUUCUCUUGGCAAGGGAAUGACCAUUCCAUGUGCACUCUCACAGGUGCAGAUGUUCUGAGGGCCAGAGGUCUGGACAAGGACACAAGGUGGAUUAACGUUGGAAUUAUGUGUGCUUUCUUCUUGAUCUACCGAAUUCUCUGUUGGGUUCUAUUAGUUAGGAGAGCUUCCAAGACUAUGCUCUAAGAAUUGGAUCUCAUCAUAGUUUCAUUGUUCUUCUUUUUUUUUUUUA